AAAAUUAGUAAAGAAGAAAAAGAAAUAAAACAUAAGAGGGGAAGUCAGAAUUGAAUAGGAGGUGCUAAAAAUGUGUGGCAGAGGCAAAGGUUGAUGAGAUUGAGAGUGAGUUAGUAGUAGGGAAUAGGGAUGGCAAAUAGUUCCUUCCCAAUCCAUACAAAGUAGCUAUAACCCACUUUUUGCUCCUUUCAUUGGGGAGGAAUGUGUUUUUGUCAACCUUCUUUAUAAAGCGGCGAUCAAAUCCAAGCUUCAAACCUUCUUUUUUGAAGGGGCGACCGCCUAACCCUCCCCUCCUUGGUGUGAAUUUUUUAUAUUAUAUACAUAUAUGUGUAACUCAAAACAACGUGAAAGAGACGUCAUGAAAUGAAACACUGAAAUUUCAAAAACCAAAUGUUUUAAGAUCUGUUUGGUUCUCGAUGUGGGAUCAUGAAUUUAGAAACUUUCACUGCCCUACAGACCACACCUGUAGUAGGGUUUCAUUAUCAGCAGCAGAUCCGUGUUCAUACAUGAGGUUCAACUUCACUGACUCUUUACAAAGUCCCAUCGGCUAUGGUCGCUCACUUGAAAAAGCCCUUGCUUUUUCACAUUCAUCGUCCUCUCAACCACCGUUUUCUUCAGUUGGUACCACUCCUAAUUCUUGCAUUUCUUAUUCCUCCAUUCAAGAUGAUUCAGACAAGAGUAACAAAGAAUCUCAGCUCAAGGAGCUAGAAGAUGGGAGUGAAAGCUGUAAGAAAGGGAACAAAUUACCAAACAAGAAACGAGAGAAAAAGCACAAAGAAACUCGAUUUGCUUUCAUGACUAAGAGUGAAGUUGAUCUCCUUGAAGAUGGGUACAGAUGGCGUAAAUAUGGACAAAAAGCUGUCAAGAAUAGCCCUUACCCAAGAAGUUAUUACAGGUGCACAACUCAGAAGUGUAGGGUAAAGAAAAGAGUUGAGAGGUCAUUCCAGGAUCCAUCAAUGGUGAUCACAACAUAUGAAGGCCAACAUAAGCACCCGCUUCCCACAACAGUAAAGCGGUCAAUGCUAUUCCCAUCUUUCAUGUUGAGGCCGUCGCCACCACCGCCGAGGAGGCGGCAUGAAUUGUUUACGCAGAUGCCUGGUGACAUGAAUAAUUACCAAGCUGCGGCUGGUGCAGAUUCAUUAAUGUUUGCGGAAAACUUUAGCCCUUUUCGGCAGGUUCCUGACAACGGACUUCUCCAAGACAUGGUUCCUUCUGCGUUCCUUAAGCACGAACCAUAUGAACAAUGAAUCUCUGCUCUCCACUAUACUACCCCUCUCUCUAUAUAUAUAAUUUGAUACUUUUGAUAAUAUCAGCUUAUCUUAACUUCUCUAGAGCCUAAGUGUAAGAGGAUUUCAAUUCAGACUGGUAAUACUGGAGUAAAGUCGCAUUUAUAAUUAUGGUUGUUUCUCAUGAUCCUGGAUGGACAUAUUAAUCAAAAGUCGCAUUUAUAAUUAUGGUUGUU